UGUGUCGGUGAAGAAUACAAAGUUUGCUCAAGCGAGCUACUGUUUAAGUGACCGAUAUAGGCUACUAGCUGUUACCCUACUUAAUUGGACAUCGCGAACCAAACCUCGAGAUCGGAAAGGGACUUCGGAUUGCGAUUCAUUCAUACUGAGUGGAUGUCUGCUAGCUAGGCUGCUUGUCAUAGUGACUUUUGGAUAAAUUAGCCUAUUGCAUGCGUUCAGAUGGAAUGUAAGCUCUAGCCAUUACUAGACCAGAGACCAGAAGCAUCCUACCCCAAAUAAAUCCCCUGUGCAUUCAUCUCAGUACCGGUGGAUUACCUUAUCUUAAAACUCAUAGAAAUUGACCAGAUGGUGGAUUCUUCAGUUUCCCUUCCAGACAGACAGCAAACCAAAGGAUAAAGCAUUUUAACGAAAGCAGAUGCUGCAUAGGAUUUUUUUUUAUUCCAUUAAACCACAUCUUUAACCCGUAGGUACUUUAAAAAAAAAAAAAGGAAUUUCUUGUUAAAUCGGGAGUAGACUGUCGUCUGAAACAUGGCUCCGACUAUGAUGGAAGCUGCUGAUAUUGCUGUUGUGGCACUAUACUUUGUCUUGGUUCUCGCGAUUGGCUUCUUCGCCGUGUGGAAAACCAAUCGGAGCACGGUGAGCGGAUACUUUCUUGCUGGCCGGUCCAUGAACUGGGUAGUGAUCGGAGCGUCACUUUUUGUCAGCAACAUCGGCAGUGAGCACUUCAUCGGCCUGGCGGGAUCUGGAGCGGCCAGCGGCUUUGCUGUUGGUGCUUGGGAGUUCAACUCGCUGCUCCUUCUGCAACUCCUCGGUUGGGUCUUCAUCCCUGUGUACAUCCACUGCGGGGUCUACACGAUGCCGGAGUACCUCUCCAAGCGCUACGGUGGGCGGAGGCUGAAGGUGUACUUCGCAGCCCUCUCCAUCAUGCUCUACGUCUUCACCAAGCUGUCUGUGGACUUGUAUGCUGGUGCUCUGUUUAUACAGGAGUCCCUCGGCUGGAAUCUGUACUUGUCAAUCAUCCUUCUCAUCAGCAUGACUGCCCUGUUGACCGUUACUGGCGGCCUGGUCGCUGUGAUUUACACCGACACCCUUCAGGCUGUGCUCAUGAUUGGUGGCGCCCUGACUCUGACCAUUAUUAGCAUGGUGAAGGUUGGUGGCUUGGAGGGAUUACGGGAAAAGUACAUGCAGGCUGUUCCCAAUGUCACAGCCAUACAGGCAGUCAGCAACUUCACCUAUACCAACUCGUGCCGCAUCCAUCCAAAGCCAGACUCCCUGAGGAUCUUGCGUGGGCCUCUUGAUGAGGACAUUCCCUGGCCUGGUUUCCUUUUAGGCCAGACCCCAGCCUCAAUCUGGUACUGGUGUGCCGAUCAAGUCAUCGUCCAGAGAGUGCUUGCCGCGAAGAACAUCGCCCAUGCUAAGGGUUCCACACUCAUGGCAGGAUUCUUGAAAGUCCUCCCAAUGUUCAUUAUAGUCAUUCCAGGGAUGAUCUCCCGCACGCUGUUUGCCGACGAGCUCGUGUGCAUUAGCCCGGAACACUGCAUGCAGGUGUGCGGCAGUCAGGCAGGCUGCUCUAACAUCGCUUACCCACGCCUGGUGAUGAGCGUGAUGCCGGUCGGUCUGCGCGGUUUGAUGAUGGCGGUUAUGAUCGCCGCUCUCAUGAGUGACCUGGACUCCAUCUUCAACAGUGCAAGCACCAUCUUCACCCUGGACAUCUACAAGAUGGUCCGCAAGUGUGCCUCCUCCCGGGAGCUGUUGAUCGUUGGCCGCAUCUUUGUGAUCGUCAUGGUGGUAAUCAGCAUCGCUUGGGUGCCAGUCAUCAUCGAGAUGCAAGGAGGCCAGAUGUACCUUUACAUCCAGGAGAUUGCUGGGUACCUUACUCCACCAGUAGCUGCCCUGUUCAUGCUUGGCGUCUUCUGGAAACGGUGCAACGAGACGGGCGCCUUCUGGGGCGGCAUGACUGGCUUCACCCUGGGAACCCUGCGGUUGAUCCUUGGAUUCAUCUACCGCGAGCCCCGCUGUGACCAGCCCGAUGACCGCCCCUUUUUCAUCACCCACAUUCACUACAUGUAUGUGGCAGCCAGUCUCUUCUGGCUCUCCGGAGGGGUUGCUGUAGUGGUCAGUCUCUGCACUCCUCCCCCCUCAAAGGACAAGGUCUACAACACCACUUUUUGGGGGCUUCCCAAAGUCGAGGGACUUCCUGUCAGAGACUGCGAGGAGCUCCGCGAACUUGAAAAACAUCCCAUCCACUGCAGCGGCAACGGCACUCUCCACAAGCAGGUGCCCACUGACAUCCAGAAAGAGAAGAUCCUGGACGGUGCUGAAAUCAAUCUCCUCAUCUCAGCCGGAGACAACAAGCACAUGAUCCCAAACAGCGACCUGCCCACACGAAUGGAGGGCUUCGGGAAUGGCCACACUGAUCUUGCGGACAGAGAGGAGGAUGGAAGUAUUCCGAACAGCAGCAGCGAUGGACAGCACCAAUUAUGCACGCGUCUGUUCAACUGGAUCUGCGGUCAUGACGACCAGGAGCCCAUAACCCAAGCCAAGUUACCAGAGGAAGACCAAGAACAAGUCAUCAUGGAGAUGCUUUAUGAACCUCCCAAAACCAAGCUGGUGCUGAACAUUGGCCUUGUUUUGGUGUGCUCCUUGGGAAUUUUUAUGUUUGUGUAUUUCUCCCUAUAGUCAUGCUGCAGCUCUUGGGGACAUGCAAAAUUACAUUUUGAACAGUGGCACUUGUAAUGUCCUAAGUUCUGUAAAAGCUAUCUUGAGUCUGUAAUAUUUACAGUGUGAUGUUUAGCUUUCCUGGAGAGACCUGGAAAGAAAGGUAGAAAAGAUACUGAAUCCUAGAAAUUCUUGAAUUCUUUCUGUAGAUGUAUAAAAUAUCUGAAUUACUAUCUCAAAAUGCUCUACCUAAAAUUUUCACUUUUUAUGCCGAGGGACAUAAUUACUGGACAACAAAGUAACACAUGUACCAAUUGUUUCUAGCAAGUGAUGUGGUGAUAUUUGCCUUAUUUAUUGAUCAUUCUUCUAUUUCUUCAUGUAAAAAAGCUAUACUGUAUAUUUGUCUCUGCAUUCAGUGAAGUGACUAUUUAUGACUUUGUUUUGGGACCAUUGACAUCAUUCGAUAAUGUCAUUCUAUGUUGUAUUGCCCUUUUGUGUUGUAUUUUUGAGUCAAGUAUCGAGUAGUGUCUGUAGCCUGUCUUGAACAGCAUUUUGUGCUGUUUUGAGGUCAUGGCUUUGUAGCGGUGGUAAAUUAGUGAUGUUCACAAGGCUUGUUCCUAUAUCCACCUGUUUGUUCGGCCCAUUUGAAUGGCCCGUAGCAUUACGUCUGAUUUUGUCUACUGAGUCAUGAACUGUGCUUUUGUACUCUAUUAAGCACUUUCUACGCCUGGCCUUCAAUGAUAUAUUUUUGUAACAUUUUCCUUUUUGUUGUUAUUCAAAGUUAUGAAACCACCAAAAAGCCUUUUACUAAAGCAGAUGAGAACAUUCACAAUUGAAAAACUUAAGGUCUCUUGUUUAGAACUAAGGAAGACAGGUGGUUCGAGAGCAAAUCUGUCUUGGUCCUCAGCCAUUGGGCGUGUUCCACUUCCAGUGUAAUAUAACCAGUAACUCAUAUGGGUCUGUAAAAAUGCUUUAGAUAUUGCUUUAUUAGCAUUUAGCUAUUAGCUUGUUGAGAUUCUGUAUUCAUUUUCCUCACAAAGCUGCAAUGUGUUGAACAUAAUGGGAGUUUUCCCAUUGAUGGAAUUUGUAUGGUCACCAUUUCCUGUUAACUGUUAAAAGUGUUGCCUUUGAAAGCACAGCCAUGCUUACAACAGAAACAACAAAAUAAUGAAGUACUUUGAAAUCAUUUCAUGAAUAACUAUGAUACAAAAAAAGAAAAACCUGACAUAUACUGUACUUCUAUAUAUAUAUAUAUCCCAAUAUGUAACAUCAGUCAAUGGGAUGUCUUGUCAUUGCUGUGCAAAAUUAUAUUUAGUUCUUCUAGCGGAAGAAUCCAAAAAGUGGUAUUGAAACCUGGGCAGGGUUGUUUUUGCCUCUGCUUUUUCACAUGUACUGUUGAGAAGAAAUGCAAGAAUAUAAGGUCGGCGAUCGUUAGAUGUAUAUGAGUAUGGAUACUUUUUUGUUUGUUUGUUUGACGAUAUUUAAUUGAAAAGUGCUGUUCAUUGAUGUGGUGAAAUUGUUUAUCCUUGUUAUUUUGCAUUUCAUUCGAAUAGAUUAUUGAAAGUACACAACGCACACAAUUCACAUCCCACCUCUGAAAUCAAAGUUGUUAUGGUCCUCUCUUCCUCCCUGUCACUACAUUUGGGCAUUUCGUGAAAUCUAAGGAACUAUCCCAAUCAACUUUGAAUGUUGGUCCACCACAAUUAUACGAGUGCAUUUCAGAAAGUGGCAAGGUCUGUGUAUUUAUUCUGUCUGUUGGUACAUAGUCUCUAAAAAGGCAGAUGACAGAAAAAAAUAUAAAAUGCAAUAAAAAAAAGUGUGAAAAUUAACAUUUUCUCAAUCUUGUCUUUCUUUUAAAAAAAAUGAUGAAUUGAUUGACAUGAAAACGCAAUCCUGGCCCAAAUGAAUUGGCUUUUUUACCUCUGUAGUGGAUCUCAAAUCUGUAUCUCAAAGGCACAAAUCAGUGGCAAUGUAAUUAUGACAUUUAGUAGGGCACGCGCCAUGCUGAUUUAUUGUUAACAGUUAAAUGACCUGCACAGUUUUGAGUAAAGAUGGAGUAAAGUUAAAUUGAAGGUUUACAGUACAUGACAAUUCCAGCUUUGUUUUCUUGGUGUUUUUUACUUUGUCCUUGUGUUUCUUUUAAUUAUUUUUACAUUUCAUUUUUAGCACUCUGUGAUUGAUUUAGUUAUUUUACUUUGUGUUAAAUUUACAGUGAACUUUGUCUUUAGGUGUGGUUGAAUUUGCAAUGUCAUUAAUUGUCCCAAAGUUUAUUUGUGACUUCAGGAGUUUUACAGUUCACUGUCAAUUGUAAAUCACAAUGGUGGCGUGACUAACUGAUUUAGAAAUCUGUUUUUGAUUUAACAGUUGCUUUAAAAACAUGUUCAAUCUUUUAGUGGACAGAAUGGAGGGGGGAAGAAUUCAGCAGCUGUUCAGCAAUCAUGAGAUUGUUCAGCAUUUGCCAUUUUAUGGUUAGAGUGUACUAAUUAGGUGUCAUUGUGCAUAAUGGCAUCAUUCAUUGUGUGUGCCGUUUCUGAAUGGCAGUAGCUUUGUUUGGUUCAUUACCCUGAUGGACAAAUACCUGUAAACUUCCUGCUUAUGUUUUUUCAGAAGAUGCCAAUAAACGGAUUUGUUG